AUGGACAAUGUUCUAUCAUGGGUCACCGACGCAGCACCUCCAAAGGCCACUUUUUCCGUUGACCAAAUUCCAGAUCUGACAGGAAAAGUAAUCAUUGUGACUGGUGCCAAUACGGGUAUCGGGAAGGAGACUGCAAAAGUUCUGCUCGCACAUGGCGCAAAAGUUUACAUCGCGGCCCGCAACCAGGCUGCCUCAGAGGAGGCUAUCCGUCAACUGAAGCAGGAGACCGGAAACGAGGCAAUAUUCUUGAAACUUGACCUUGGAGACCUAAAGGCAAUCAAGGCAUCUGCUGAAGAGUUCCUGAGCAAAGAGACACAGCUACAUAUCCUUCUAAAUAACGCUGGUGUUAUGGUACCCCCCAUCGAGCUAGUGACUGCAGAUGGCUACGACCUCCAAUUUGGAACGAAUAUCCUUGGCCACUAUUACUUCACAAAGCUUCUGCUCCCCAUUCUAACCUCGACGGCUAAAGUCACUUCUGAGGGAAAAGUCCGCGUUGUAAACGUCGCUUCCUGCGCCCAUUUAUUUGGAGGUCUCGAUUUUAACACCUUCAAAGAUAGCCCGGCUCGAAGGAAAUGCUCAAAGGGCAAACUCUACAACCAAAGCAAAUUCGCAAAUGUCGUGUUCGCCCUUGAAUUGGCGAAACGAUAUGGAGACCAGGGUGUUAUUUCGACGGCACUGAAUCCUGGCAAUAUCAAUUCGGAUCUGCCGCGUCACGCUGCGGCACAACUUCCAAGUAUUGUGUUACUGUAUGAUGUGUCGCAAGGCGCCCUUACGCAGUUGUAUGCUGCUACGUCCCCAGAAGCUGCUAGCUUGAAUGGCAAGUAUCUUGUGCCAUGGGCUCGCGUCAGACCGCCUAGGCAGGAAACCCAAGACCCUCAACUCGGCAAGGCGCUAUGGGAUUGGCUGGAGGAGCAAGUCAAAGAUGUAUGA